CUAAAACUCCAAAAGUAACACUACUAAAAGUAAUAACUAAAUAAGUCGUAGGGGAUGUAGAACAUAACUUUCUUGGUGAGACUAUCAAACUAAAUAGAUUAUAUAGCAUCAGUUUCACGUGUAUCUGGCACUUUAAAGCUUCAGUAACUAAGCUGAGAUAUGUAUGAGCGCAUAAGAAAAAGAUGUGAAAUAGCAGGGCAGCGGAUAUACCUCUGAGCCAAUCACAAGAGAGCUCUUGAAUACAGACGGGACUCGCAGCCAAUCAAAGGAGACAUUUCUGUAUUGUGGGCUGGUCUUGCUGCCAGAGUUGGGAUAAUGUUAUACACAGCUGUUUUUUUUUCGAUUUCAAGACUCAUGGCAGAAUGCGGGCAGCAUAAAACUACAUUUUGCACUAAAUUCAUUCACGGAUACUGAGCAAAAGCUCUAGUAGGCUAUCAUCUGUGAGGUUGUCUUUCAGCAGCGCCGUUUGAUGAGGUAAUGUCUCGGAAAUGUUAAUGUUAUUUCCAGUGGCGGCAGCAGCUUUGGGCCACACUAGUUUUGUUUUUAAACUUUAAACCCAGCACAGUCUUGCUAGCGGCUGGGACUUUGUCGCUGGGCUUCAGCCGACGGUUCCAUGCGCAAGUUGUGAAAAACCAUGAGGACAGAGGAACAACUCUACAGGAAGGGCAGUGUGUGCAGUGCGGGGCAGGAGAGCGGGGCGGCUCUCUGUAUGGUCGAGCGUCUCCUUGAAUGGGGCGGUGUGUUUUGAACAUCUCUACCAUUCUGCAAGAGCUGUUUCUGUGCCGUCAGGGGGGCAGCGGUCCGACCGGCGGGGAGGGACACGGCGGAGGGACUCCUGGCUGCCGAGCUACGCGUUGAACACAAACCAGAGCACUUUGGCUGCACAUGAGGCGACUUGGUGAGAUUAUGGUUUAUGGAAAGGCCUGCUGCUCAGUCGCCGCUGAUCCAACAAAGGAAACGACUGUUGCUUCCUUCAUGCCACUGCUGUGGCCAGAGUGUGUGGAAACAGACACUGGGAGUGUGGAGUGAGGGACAGCGUCAGUCACAACUUAAGUUCAAGUUGACUAAUUAGCUCUGAUUUUAUGGCCACUCGAGAGUAGCGCUGCUCGCGCGCGCCUGCGCAAUUACGCACGUACACAUACACUCGCGCUUCCUUUGUUGUGAAGUUUACUCUCAGUUGAAAGUCUUGACUUUUUCCAUUCCAGUUGUUGUCAGAACAAUAACAGUUCCGUUUGAGUGGAUGUGUGAGGAUGGUGGAGAGCCGGAGCUGUGUCCAGAGGGAGGGAGUGUACCGCUGGUUCUCCUCCCUCACCUCAGCCCAGAGAGCCGAGUUCCUGUGCGGCCUUCUGGACCUCUGCGUCCCCAUCGAGCUCCGCUUCCUCGGCUCCUGCCUGGAGGACUUGGCCCGCAAGGACUACCACUCCCUCCGGGAUGCGGAGAUCAAAGCCAACAACCCCGCCGACCUAUCGGGCCUCACUAACAUCACGGACGAGGUGGUGCGCAGCAAGCUGCUGGUGUCCCUCGCCCUGCUCGGCUCGGACAACAGGGAGGCGGCGGGAGUCCUGUACCGGACCCUGACUCACAUAGACACGGUGAUUAAUAACUACGGCCUGGCUCUGAACGACGGGAGGACCGAGGAGCAGUUUCUCUUACUGUUCACCAUGGCCUCUCACCACCCGGCCUUCAGCUUCCACCAGAAGCAGGUGCUGAGGCAGCAGCUCGGCCAGAUCCAGGACAUCCUACAGGUCAGCAGUGGAGGAGGAGGAGAGGCUCAAGCAGCAGGCCCUGGUGGGGAUCGAGCUGCCGUCUGUUACGCUCAGCCACAUCACCACUAUCACCAUCAGACCUUGUCCCUGCCUCUGGCCUCGUUGUCCUCCUCUGCCUGCUCCCUGCCUGAUGCCAGCGCUGCCUACCUGCCUCUGUCUGCCUGCCAACCCUGCCAGACACACUGCACCUGCUGGCACAAGUUUAUGCAGGAGAUGUCGGAUUACAGCAAAAGUGGCGUUGCAACAACAAGACAACAAGAUAAGAGCCAGACCAGAGAGGCCGGCACAGUCUCGGGGCCAGGCUCAGGGGUCACCGUGGGACGACGAGACCAAGCGGUCAGCCAGGAGCUCACCCCUCAUCACCCAGACCUCCAUCCUCCUCUUCCACCUCCUCCCCCUAUUCCUCCACCACCACCUCCUCAUCUGCCUCCUCCUCUGCCUGCUGGGCAAGGCCAGGAUGCAGCAACACCAACCAAGAACCACCAGGGGAAAGCAGGAAAAAUGGUGAUUGAGAGGGUGGUGCUGAGAGGAGUGACACACAAGUCUGAAGACACCAGUGAAUAUGUGUUCGAGGCCAGCUGGUCAGAUGGUUUUGUGUCAUCCGUUGUCAGAACUCAGCAGGAGGUGACAGAGCUGCUGUCCCAGCUGUCACAAGCAUUUCCAGAAGAAGGAGUGGAGAAAUUCCUCCCUCAGUCCAUAGAGCAGGUCCCCAGGUGUCUGACAGCACUGCCCUGCCAUGUCCUCCAGCACCACAGCGUCCAGCUGUUCUUCACCUCCACCAGGCCUCUCUCACCCAACUGUCCUGCCUCCCUCCCUUCCUCCCUCCCUCCAUUACCCUCCUCCCUUCCUACGGCUCCUGUCGCCCCGACCUGCCCGUUCACCUCCAGCUCUAAUCUUGGCUGUACAGUUCAGUACAGAGGAACCAACAGGGCAGUAUACAGAGUGGCCAGCGUCCAGCCCGUCGUCAGCACCCACAGCUCUGUCUUGACUCGCCCUUCUCCUCACCUCUCCUCUCUCCCUCCUCCUCUUCCUCCCUCCAUUCCUCCUCCCCAGCUGUCCUCCCUCCCUCCCCCUGUGCCAGCCCUGCCCACCCAGAGCUCCAUGGCUGGCGGGGGUGAUCACUCUUCCCAGGCGCAUCCCCAACACAGUCAAUCGCACUCCUACUCCCAGCACCACCUUCAUCCACAAACCAGCAGUCAGUCCAGCGCCCAGUCCCUGCACCUGUCCCAUUCCCUGCCAAUGUCACACUCACAUUCCCAGUCCCUGUCAUACCCCCAGUCCCAUUCCCUGUCUCGAUCCCAGUCCCUCACACAGGCACCAUCCCAGCCCAGCACUCCAGAGCAGAACGGCAUCCUGGACUGGCUCCGCAAGCUUCGGCUCCAUAAGUAUUACCCUGUCUUCAAACAGCUCACCAUGGAGGAGUUUUUAGCACUGACAGAGGAGGACCUGAACAAGUACGACCUGACUCAAGGAGCAAAGAAGAAACUUAAGACUCAACUAGAGCUACAGAAGUCAGUAGACAGGGACCUGAAGAUGGAGAAGCGGUCCUGCAGCGGCAUCGCCAGGGUGACGCCCUCCAGUCACAUGGGACCCUCAACACAUCCCACCUCCACUGCAGGCGAACUGCGAGUGGAAGUGGACGCUGUGCUGCACCAUCACCCCGUCUCAACAGACAGCAGCUCGUCCUCAGGCUAUUCCAGCUCUUCCUGCUCCCCCCGAACACCAAUCUGCUGUGACUCCACCUUCGACAGGACCAGAGACAUUCACAGGCGUGUAUCAGGUCCAGACGCAGCAGGUGGGGGUCCAGAGAAGGACCGGUCCUGUCUCUUCAUCCUGAACUCCAGCUGCCCCACAGGCUCCAGUCGCCCAACAGCCCAGGUCCUACCUGUUCAAACCGAUCCAACUCCUCCUCUCCCUCCCUCCUGCUCCUUUGGCCUCCCGCAGUCUUCCUACCACCCACAGGCCAGUUACCCCCAGACCCUGCUCUCCCCGGUCUCAAACCCAGCACGCAUCCUGACUUCCCCGCGUAAGCCCAGGCCCCCUCCGCUGUGCAUGGAGGACAGGACUAAGCCUCUGGGCUCGGGUCUGCCUGCCGCCGGUGCAGCCUUCAGUACAGGGCUCAGUGUGGGGAUGGGGGUGAGGCUGGAGAACCUGUUCCCUGGGCUGAACAUGGAUGGCUCCUCCACACUCCAGGACUCGGUGGUUUGCCGUGGCCUGGCGGGAGGUGCUGUGGGUCUGAUGGUAGAAACCAGUUCUGCUCUGACCUCCACCUCCAACAGCCUCCACCAUGUCUCCCACCCCCCUCUGCACUUCCACCUCUCGUCCUCUUCAUCCCCCUCUCCAUCUGGAUACUACUCCUACCCACCUACCUCCUCCUCGUCCUCCUGUCCCUCCACAAAGUCCGGCUUACAGUCUGGCACCUCCAGUAAUGUUGGUGGCUUUGUUCCCAAGGCAACUGCAAGCAGUGUUCCUGUGGCUGCGGUGCCUGGCAACACUUAUUACCCACCCCAGCCCACCUCUAGCCCCUCCCCUUCCCCCUCCUCUGCCUCUUCAUUGGAUCAAAGUUCAGGUCACAACCCCUCCAUGUGUGUUUGCAGCUCCUGCGGUUGUCGGGGGAACUGCGGCGCCUACGGGGCAUUGCCUGGAUACGCAGCGGCCGGCUACCUGCAGCCAUUCUCGGCCGGCCCCUCCCUCUUCACCCUGGGUCCUCUGCUCCAUCUCAGCCCCCUGAUAGCCUCGUCCAGCGCUGCCGGCACUGGAGCCACGCCCUUCUCCUACCCAAUGAUGGUGCCACCGCCCCUCUACCGCCACAGCCCUGCGUCACAUGACCAGCAGCAGGGCUUUGCCUUCUACCAGCCCCAUGGCAUUGUGGGAAAUGGAGGCCAGAAACGGGCAGCAGGGAACCUGUCGUGUUAUAACUGUGGUGCCAACGGACACAGAGCAGAGGAGUGCAAACAGCCGGCCAUGGAUUCAGCACAGCAAGGGACAUUUCGACUGAAGUACACUCCUCACGCUGACAGUAAGGACUCAGGAGACUAACCAGCAAAAACACCAGUGGAUUUGAACUGUCAUACUCUGACACAACUGUACCUCAUGUUCCUGCUGAAGCUAGCAGGCAGCAGCCAGAGUUUAGACAGUCAGCCUGCUUCUGGGUACAACGAGACAACACGGGUCUGUUCAAAGACUGUCGAUCUGAAAGCACAGACCCCUUGUAUCUUUUGUAAUUCUUGUACAACGGCUUACAGAGAGAUGAGAGGAAGACAGAAGAGAAACAGAUUGGUGAGAAGAGAGGAGUGGUUGUCACAGUCUGUGUCAUCAGAUUAGCUUUCAUCCCUCCUCAGAUCUACACAAAUACAAACACAAGUCACAAGAAGAGCUGGAGAUUUGUAAACUCUGUCUCGCGUCAUUUCAGAGACGUGGCUGGAACGCUGCCUCGUCCUCUGCCUUGGUUCACAAACCAAAGGCAAAGCACUCCAGUAUCCUAAACUUCCUGGGCACUCAGUCAAGUGCAUUUUUACCUGUUCUAAACAUAAAACCCAGUUUAAUCAAAUCAUGCCCUUAUUGUGUCAGACUGGAUACCUUGGAUAUAUCUUAAUCCACAAAGAAGCACCAGUGGUAUCUUCCCUUUGACUGAAUCUGCUGGUAUAGAACUUCUUAUAUCACUCAAAGCUUUGAUAAACGUAGUUCUCUUGUACGUCUUGUGAUCAGGUUUGGCUCACUGCUGUCCAGUUACAAGAGCUGUGUCCCCAGUUCCAUGCUACAUACUAAUUAUACUACAUACUAACUGUACACACUAAUGCUAUACUAAUAUUUAUAGUAUACCGAAGAAAUCAACAAACUUUUUUGUUUUAUACUAACAGGAAAACUAACAGCUCUUUUUUUCUGCAUCUGUGAGCAGCCACUCUCUUUCCUUUGAGCAUUGCAUUGUGGGAGAAUAGUGUCCAUCAACAGCACACUAAAAAAUCAGGCGUUUUUAGUAUGCCUAUCGACAUACUAUAUAUUUUGAGUAUACUUCAUUGUGUCACUUUUCCAGUGCAAACACACUACAUACUCAAAACCUGCUUAGAAUUAGUGUGCAAUAAGGAUUUGGGACACAGAUAAGGUUGUAUCACCUUCUUCAUCAUCUUCCUUGAAGAGGAACAAAAGGGGGGAAAAAGAUUGUCCACUUUAAACAUACCCUUUUUAUCAUGCUAUGGAGCAAUGUUCUGAUGAGUGGGUCCGCGGUAAACAUGGAUGAAAACAGUGCAGGAGUUCAAAUAUUUAAACAAUCGACACUUAAUGUAAACACAAAUGUGUUUGUUUACAAGAAAGCUCCACAGGGAACCUUUAAAAGGAACUGAGUACCCCUGAUUCAAGGGCUGGUUCCCUCAGAAGGAAUCAGCUCAAGAAGGUGGAUCCUUUGCAGGACCUGAGGGUCUGACUGCUCCACCCCUGAUCAGGCGGUCUAGCCCCAUAGAGACCAAAACUGACGAUGUAUGCAGGCACUUCCGUGUCAACUUGUUAAGUAUUUUAAAUUUGACGAUCACGACGUGGCAUUAAAAGGCUGGUGAACUGUAGAGACCAGCAAGAAAAAAAAAGAGCUCCAUGAUAUCAUAUGUCCAGGCUGCCAACACGAGCAUGAGAGUUAAUGCUUGGAGUCCUCACAAUAGCUUUUUCAUUGGUCUAAUUCAGGUGACAUAUUUACCAGUAAUCAGUGAGCACUGAUCACCUGAAUGCUUCAUUCAAUAACUGACAGUAGACACAGCAUAACCGUCAUCACUGAAGUGUAUGUGUGGACAGGUCACACUUGCAAAUCCCUCUUCAGCAGCUGGGGAUCACACAGGGAAGCUGCACCAGCCACUGUCUUGUCCAUGAAACCUCUUCACCAGUGCCCAGCAGCGUCUCUACCUCUGAGCCAACCUGAGAGCAAAAUGGCCUUCUGUGCCAAAUACUGUUCCUCUAUAUCAGGACAAUCAGAAUGCACACUGAAUGUUUUCAGACACUUCAAAAAGUCUGUACAGAGUGUCUUUGUAUGUUCAGUUCACACCAGCGUUUCUGUAGUCAGUCAAGCUGGCAAAAGUGCCAAUUUGUUUUCAGUUCAGUUUGAUGAUGUUUCAUUUUUCAUGUUGCUGGUGUAAGUGAAUGAAUGUUGAUGGAUGUUAAUCCUAAACUUGUUCUCACUCCAGGAGAGAUGGAGCUGACUCUUUUUCAGGACUGUUGAAUUGGAAAGAGUCUAAGCAAGAUGGAACAUGUUUCACAGUCUGACUGUGAGUGAGUUGCUGGGCAGGACCCAGAGUAUUAAAGACAUGAGGACAGCUGGUCCUUCAGAUGAAACUCUAUCUGUACCCCUGGAGGGCACAGCACAGGGACAUGGGGUGUUUAUUUAAAAUGGUAAAUACUGAACAUGCAGUAUGUAUAACAACUUCUGUCUGUUGUUUAAAAUAAGUCAACAAUGUGCUUUUUUUCAAUGGUUGCACAGAACAAGAAAAUUGCCUCCAUAGAUCAUACCAAAGAGCGCCUUCUUUCGAGUUUUUUGUCACAUAGCUCCACUUUUGUUGUUGUUUUUUUUUUUUUUGAACUAUUUAGUUUUGCAGUUUCCUUAAAGCCAGACAUGAGUCGGAGUCUGUAAGAAUCACAAUAGAGCCUGGUUAACUGAUGCUCAAGCAUGCAUGUUGCUCUUUAUCUUUAGUAAAAUAUGCUUUUGCAAUAUUUGUGUGCAAAUGUUUGAACACAGUUUAUAAUUAUCCAGUUCUUUUGUAGGUCAGAUUUUAUAUUGCUUAUUGUGUUUUAAAACUUGUUUUCCCCUCAAAGUUCAGAUAAAACAUGUUUGAGUAAUAAAAUAUUUUCUGAUUCUGUCUUUCAUCACAUUGUGUAUAUGAUUUAUUUAUUAAUUUAAAGGUCCAGUGUGUAGGAUUUAGUGGCAUCUAGUGGUGAAAUUGCAGAUUGCAACCAUUUGAAUACUGCUUGCAUCACCCUCCCCUUCCAAGCGUGUAGGAGAAACUACAGUGGCCGCGAAACUCCCAAAAGGCCAUCGGCCCUAUCUAGAGCCCGUGAUUGGUUUGUCCGUUCUGGGCUACUGUAGAAACAUGGUAGUGUAACAUGGCAUUAAUUGAACAUUGAAUUAGAGGAAGAAUUGGAGCGCGGAAUUGGAAACGAGGAUACAAGAGGAUUUUAAACUAAAAAGAAACGGAAGAAGAGUAAUUCGAGUGAUUCCAGUCAGACAAAGAGGAAAGAGGAGACGUAUCUUGUCAGGACACAAACAGGCAGGAUUUUCAAGGAUCCACAUGAGGUCGGAAAGUUUGUAGGAGGAAAGCUGGGAGAUGUACAAUAGGUCAGGAUAACAAGAAGUGGGAUGGUUAUCAUUGACUGUGUAUCAAAGCGUCAGAGAGAUAGAGCCCUUGAGAUUAUAGCAGUGGGAACUGCUUCCCACUCGGAUCACAAGUAAAGUAGAAGGGAGCAGUAAGCGGUGUGCCACUGACCGUAGAGGCCGAGUCAUUUCAGGAUGUUGAAGGUGUGUGUGAGGCAAGAAGGUUUACAAGAUUCAGAAAAGGGGGAGGACAGUAAUUCGGUGUGUUUGACUUUUGAUCUAGAUUAUGUGUGUCACAGGGUGAGGCCAUAUGAGAGAGCUCCUCUCAGAUGUUGCUGCAGUAUGGAGAGGAGGCAGGAGAUGUGCGAAGGAUAACUGUAAUGUGGAGAAAGAGCAAGCAAAGUGCGUGCACUGUGAGGGAAAUCACCAUACGGGAUCACCACACUGUCCAAAAAGAAUUAAAGAAGUAAAAGUGAAGAAGAUCAGAGCAGACAAGGGAUCGUCAUACGCUGAAGAUGCUAAGAGAAUGGAGAGGAACUGUGAGAUGGUGGCAGUGCCAAAGGACAAGGAGCAGAAAGGUGAUGGCGCUGAUCAGAGCAUCUGCAUGGACAAGAAACGAUGUCUGGCAUUCACUGCCGCGGUUAUAAAUUGUGCUGCUGAAAUAAAGGGGAAGUCGGAAAGGAUUAAGAUGGUGCUGGAUGCUGCAAAAAGGUUCUUGAAAGUUGUAGGAACCAAAUAUGUUGUUUGAAUGGCCAGAAUUUAAUUGUUAUUCACUGUGUGUACAUUGAGCAUCGCUGUGCAAGUAUCUAGGGCUCUGGUAUGUAGGUAGCAGGGUAACUGUUGUCAUCAGGUGUUUGACCCCAGAAGGGCAAAGGGUUUUUGACCACUGGGGCGCUAAGGGUUUGUUUGUCACGCUGUAAGUUGUGUGUUUGGUUUAUCAAUGGAAACUGGAAAAUGGACUGUAUUUACCUUUUACAACAGAAACAAUAAAGAAAUGGAUUGUUUUUCUGCAACCAAAGAACAGCCUGGAGAUUGUGUACUGAACUGAGGGAAGGAGUUGCUACAGAUGUUUGGUAAGCUCACUUCUUUCUAACAACUACAACAACCAACGCUGACUCGAGUGACAUCACUUAAGGACAUUUAUCCGAUUUCGCGCAGCUCCUUCUGGAGCCACAAAAGACUUUUUUCACAUAUGCAGUAGUAGGCCCUGCACCCCAAGAGCAAAAUCAGUGGAGUCCCCCUUUAAACGCAAAGCACAAACACAGAACACGGAUAUCUAACAGCUACAUCCACUUCUCUGGGUAUGUUUGGUACAGGUCUACUUGUCUUUAGAUAGUUCAGUAUCAGCUUGAAUAUAAAUCCUAAUAGUUCAUAAGAUUUCCAUUAAAAUAGUCGGAUCUAAAACUUAAAACUUUACCAGUGGACUGGAGGACUUCUGUUAAAAUUAGCAACACUAAGAUUACAGGUCUCAUUUUGUCAUGGAUAAAAACCACCAUUCUCAUCCAUAGAAAAUUACAGGGCAGCCAGUGGAAUAGACCCAUAUUUACACAUGUAUGAAUAGAUGCUAAAAAAAAAUAUAUAUCAACAGAAAAUGACUUGGUCUGUCUUUCACUAUUUUUGCCAUUAUUUCUGUACCAGUUAACAAGCUAAAGAGCAGUCAACAUUGGGUUGUUUUUUUUUUUGUUACCCAGAUAUAAGUAAUGCACAUGAAGCCAGAUAAUAAAGGGAACAUUUUCAGAUUCACAUUUUUUUUCUAAAUUUGUGUGCAGCAGAAUGUAACACGCAGGUUUGCCAACUGAAGAAUUGAAGCCUCAGUUAUUAGAGGAAUCUGCACACUCCAACUAUAAAUACAAAGUGCCUCAGGGAUUGAGCAUCCAAAGUAAAUAACUUAACAAGUGCAAUACUGUUGGUGUGAAAGAAUGUGUUUCUUGUCAACUGUCAGUGUUCACCUCACUGGUGUGUCCCCUAUUCACAGUGUGUACCUUUUAUGUAACGGUAAUGUCAAAUAGACAAAGCAAAAAUGAAAGUACAGUCAAAACAAACAUUGCAAGACAACAAAGUCAUGGAAAUUAGGAACUAAUCAGAAAUUAAAAACAAAAUGUAAAUCCCUUCCAACACCUCACUAGCCACUCAAACACUCCUGUCAUUCAGGUCACAGCAUUUUGCCAUCUGAUAUUUGCCUGCUUAUAAUGCACGUAUAAGAAAUCUAUCCUCCACUAUGUGUCUCUGCUGUGACAUCGUCCCUUCGUCUCUUCCUCUGCGUCCACCACGUGCUCUGACCAAACCGACACAUAUAUAUUUUGACAUGCCUUUCCUGUUGUCCCUCUCUGACGUCUGUCUGCUCAGCUCUGCCCUCUGUGGCGUAAAUGUGUUUGAGAAGUGAUAGCUGAGGAGCUGCCACUGUAAACUACAUUUGACAACAUGAUUAAGCCGCACUAAAAAACUGAAACAUUUUACUAACAAUAAAGAUUUAUGUUUGAAAGGUUUUAUAUUAUAUUUUGCAUGUGAGGAUUUACACAAUGAGCAUUAGGAUAAAAACUGAAAACUGAUUCACUACAAGUUGUUAGUUUUAUGACUGCAACAUCUGUAACUUUACACAGAUAGUGCUGCAGCAGGUUUCACACAACUGAUAUGUUACAUUAUGUCUGCAGUUACAAAAUGGACAGCUUUCUAACAGUGCAAACAGCCAUGAUUUUAGGAUACUCGUCUAUAGUCAGAAUAAUACAGGAACCCCACCAUUUAUCUUUUUUUCUCCUUUUUAUUGUUUACAAAAUACCAACAUAAAUACAUAAGAGGAGGCUGUGUCAUAUUGCUGUGUGUGGAUAUGCGUGUGUGAAACAGAGGAGCAGGCAGAAAAGACAGCACUGGAACAAAUGCUCCACCCCUCUGUAACAGACACACAGUGGCUUUCACUAGUCAGAAAACAAAGUCCCCUUUGUACUUCACAUACUGUAGACAGCGAAGAGUAAA